AUGGAGUUUUCUACAUGUUGUUGGUCCAUUACAAUCUUCAUAAUGAUUUUGCAGGUGUUAUGGAAUACUAGCAUGCAUGUGAAUGGAUGCUAUACGACCAUCUUCAGCUUUGGCGACUCCCUGGCCGACACUGGAAACAUUAAACAAAUCGCCUCCAUAUCCCACACAGACGUUGAGGCUCUACGGUGGCCUUACGGUGAAACCUUCUUUCAUCAACCCACGGGUCGUGCCUCCAAUGGUCGCCUCUUAAUCGAUUUCCUAGCUGAAAGUCUUGGGUUGCCAUUGAUACCACCGUUUCUACAUGACAAAGAGGAUGACAAAGUGGUGGAAUUUGGACAAGGAGUUAAUUACGCGGUGGUGGCUGCAACAGCAUUGGAUACAUCAUUUCAUGAAGCAAGAGGGGUUGUUAAUGCGGUGGCAAAUGUUUCUUUAGGAGUUCAAUUGACAUGGUUUAAACAAUCAUUGCCUUUUAUUUGCAGCAAUGCCUCAGAUUGUAGAAACUUAAUUGGGCGUUCUUUGAUCCUAAUGGGAGAGAUUGGUGGAACCGAUUACAAUAAUCCAAUAGUUUAUAAUAAACCAAUCGAUGAGCUCAAUUCAUACGUUCCACUUGUUAUUGAUACCAUCAUCUCAGCAAUUAAUGAACUAAUUAAUCUGGGGGCUCAAACAUUGGUUGUUCCAGGAACCUUUCCAAUUGGGUGUUCUGGUAUGAUUCUAACAAGCCAUUUUUUUGAAAAAGAAGAAGAGUAUGAUAACAGAACCGGUUGCCUCAUCAAGUUCAAUGCACUUGCUGAAUACCAUAAUGAACUGUUGCAAACCAAAGUAAACCACCUUCAGGAGCUUCAUCCGAAUGUCAUCAUCAUCUAUGCUGACUACUACAAUGCUGCCAUGCAGAUUAUCCGUUCUCCCGAUAAAUUUGGUACUUUUUUUUCUUGA